GUAUCUUGUAUCUUAAAUCUAUAGUUUCUAUUUUGCUUCAAAAAUAUGCGGUGAACUAAAACCUGCUUCCUUUGCUAUCGUGUUCCGCAAACUAUAAAUUAGAGAUUUCUUCCUAUUUCGUCUCUCUCCAUUUCUUCUUCUUCUUCUCCGCACUAACCUACAGGCACUGAAAUUGCAAUGCACCACCGCCAUUUUCGUGCUUGAAUAGGUUAUGGAGAACGCGAUGAGCAACGGCAAGAUGAAGGUCUCGAAGCUGAGGACUUUGAACGAGAACUUUUCGCCGUUGCAGAUCGAGUUGGAUGAAAAGAGAGGACGCUAUCUCCAAUCAGCGACGAUGAGUCCAGGUUUUCAACAGUACACCGAGAAAUUCGACGCUGGCUCGCCGCUCGCAAAAUACUUCUACGCCGGAUCUCCGAUUUCAUCUAAAUCCGGUGAGGCCUUCAAUUCUCCGCUUUUCGGCUCCAGCAAGUAUAGGUCCGCAAACAGUAGCUUUGGUUCAGGGAACAGUAGCUUUGGUUCUCGCGGUAGAUUGUCUCUCUCCCCGCUUUCUUCAAUCGAGAACUUCGAAUUGAAGCCAAUGCAGAAGUCGCCGCCGAUAUACCGAACGCCAGUGAAGGCGGAGGAGGAAGUUAUUGUCAUGGAUGAUAUUCAGGUGAGGCCAAUGUUCGGAGUAAAGAGCGGAAGGUCCUCAUCGUCUUCUUCCAGUAGGGGCUCUUCUUCCUCUUCUUCGUCCACCAAGAGUUUGUUCAAGACGGACAUUUGCAGAGCCUGGGAAGAAUCUGGAAACUGCCGCUUCAAUUCCAAAUGCCAGUUUGCUCACGUCAGAGAAGAGCUUCAUCCAGGUCGUUUCUCCAUGAAGAAUAAAUCUGAGGCACAGAUGGGCAAAAUUUCAAUUAGACAAGAACCGUGCAUAUAUGGCCUAAAUACACGCAUUGUUCAAGAACAUCAAGAAGUAGCUGAACCUGAACGUGUAGUCACAAGACCCAUGAUAUCACAACCAUCUUCACCUGAACAUCAUCGCAUGCACGCCAAUUCCAACACCAUCAGUGACUGGUCACCUCUGGAUGAUGGCAUUGAGUGUUUCCUCCCAAAUUGUUCAGAUAAAGUUCCCUCUAAGGAGGAAGUUGAUGCACAUAUUUUUGGUAUUCUUAAUCAGCCGACUACUAAAAGAAGACUACCGGUAUUCGCGGCACUUUGCUAGGGGAAGUAUAUCCCAUGACUAGGAAAAAGACUCCUCACUGUGGAAAUUACUCUCAAAACCAUAUAUUUUUUUCUAUUAUUUGAAUAAAUAAUGUCACCCCUGGUAAAUAAAUACCAUCGUAGUUGGGUGUGCUGCUAACAAAUACUAUUACGUGACAUUUAAUGGUCAGUUGAUGGCUAGAUUACCAGUGCUGUGCAUACAUUUUAGAAUAAUAACAUUUUUUCAUAAAAGGCAUAA